AUGUCGAACGAGAACAAUGGCAUGCAAAGGGAUCCAGUCAGCUCUUCUGCUGACAGGCGCACCGACAUCGCGAGUCAGCAGGAAGUUGGAGAGACUCACAGUCGGGACUCGGCAAACAAGAGCCCAACUUCUCCCAAACCGAAGGAGGGCCGGGUUGUGUGGACGCGUCAAUACGUGGAUGACAUUGAUGACGCGGGGGACCCGCACUGCGGUGAUGCUGUCUCAAGAGAAUGUUUUAUAGCGGGCCACUUUGACUGGUGCCUCAUCCACCAACAUAUAGCGAAUUACACUGAGGCUGGAAAGAGAUGCCUGCAUGCGGACGCAGAUGGCAACAAUUGCGCUAUCGAGUAUGGCGCAGAGUACUUGGAGGAGGAUGAAUCGGAUUCGGAGUCUGUUGAACCGGCUCAGGAUCAGACGAGAAAUGGCGGUAAACCGUCCAAUAUUAUCAGAGUUAAGAGGUUGGGGAAGAAUGCAGACAUGGACAAAGGAACCACCUUGUGGAUGGGACCCAUCUGCGAUAAAUAUGUGAUAGCCAAUAUCUUCAGGCGGGAGCGCAACAGCCCCAGUCGAAGACUCCUCGUUGCUGCGACUUGUGCUUGGGCCCUCUUCGUUAUCCAGUUACCUAUGAAUUCCUUCCAACAGAAUCAACAGUCCGAAAAAAGAGAGGUGAGUCUACCUGCCGGUCUCCUGCUUUCCGGUCUUUCAUUUACACGUUUGUCAUGGCAGAAAGAGCUGCAUGGAAAUAUUCUCCAGCCUCGUAUCAAUCCCACAGCCACAGACUUUUGUGUCUUAUCACAACGGGAGGACUGCUGGGAUCCUGCAGCUGAUACAGUUUUUCAACUUUAUCGGGUAUACGUCAUACGUAUCAAAGGGAGAGAAGGGCAUUUCGGACAUCUCCAGGAGUAUCUAUUGCCAUUUCCUGCAGAGAAUAUCAGGGCUGAAGAGCUAAGACACAGGACCUGGGUGGGAAGUUCUCCGGAAGAUGGGCGGAGAUGGUGUGGAGUGAGAAGGCGAAACAAGGGAAGAUUCCAGGGGCAGCGUGAGGAUCGUGACUCAGGAUUGAGCGCGGGCGAGUGGGGGAGAGUGAGGGCGAGGGCGAGGGCGGAUCGGGGGGGGGGGGCCCUGAGAGUGGGCGACCGUUACAUAACUCGAUCAAGUGAAGCUGCGGUCAGCGCCACCGACCGCAGCCGCAAAAGGGACGGCCGUUUUGUGCGCGGGAGGCCCCUCAAAGGCAUCUAUCUAUCUAGAUACCAAGGACCGAUUGCUCUGGAUUUGCGGUGUCGCCAGCGGUAUUCAAAACGGCCCAAAAGCUCCAAAAUCCAGGUGCAAAAUGCCCACGCGACCAAGGAACUUGAGUCUGGAUGA